AUGUGUGCUGAAUCCAAGCUCUGGGGGGAGGUGCGGAGGUAUAUGAGGGCUAAGUCUGGAUGUAAAGGUGGACAGGGAACCAGUCAGUUGUCACAACACUUCCACCGGUGCUAUGGUUUCGAUGUGAGUGCCGCUCAGAUUCAAGAGGCAAAGGCCAGUCACCACGAGGACAACACUCGCUAUGAGGUAUGUGGCGCCGAGAGUAUGCCAUCGAUUGCGUCCAAUAGUGUCCAACUGGUGACAGCCUUCGAGUCGGCCCAGUAUUUCGUGUGGAACUCCUUCGUGGAUGAGUGCACUCGAGUGCUGGUCGACGGGGCGGUGGUGGCUGUGAUCGGCUAUUGGCUGCCCGACCCCAUAGACCCGUCCCAUCCCUCCGAUCGCAGUCUUAUAGAUCUGAUGGACAGCUGUUAUAACGACACGCGUCUCACGCCCUAUAAGUCACCGAAAGCCACCAUUCAGUUAGUGGUCGAUCACUAUCGGGACGUUAAGUUCCCCUCAAAUUAUGAGUUCCUCCACAUCGACAAUAUAGUUGGUCCGCAAACAGUGGUGGCCCACGACAUGGUUGGUCUCGUAGAGUCGUGGUCUGCAUAUCAAGCCCUCAGACGUGCAGAUAAAGACACCGCAGACUCCAUGUCACGAGACAUUAGUGACAAACUCAUGGAUAUACUGAAGACAACCGACUUAUCCGCCAAAGAGAUUGUCUUUAAUUAUACAUAUUUUAUAGCAAUGGCUCGAAAACUUCACAAUUGA